AUGAAAGAAGCUCGUCUUCGUCCGGAAGAUAUCCCAGCUGAUUUAUGUACACAUAUAUUUUAUGCAUUCGCUAGUAUCGGAGGUUUAACAUUACAAGCAAAACAUCCGAAUGAUCUAAAUAUUUAUCAAGGAGAACAGCCACUCUAUCCUCGAAUUAUGAAACUAAAAGAAAAAAAUCCGGACUUAAAAAUACUUAUUUCUUGUGGAGGAUGGGGAAAUUCUGGUGAAUUCGAUUCCAUUGCUUCAUCAGAAUCAUCAAGAGAGACAUUUAGUAAAAAUGCAAUAACAUUCUGUCGUCAACAUGGUUUUGAUGGUGUUGAUUUAGAUUGGGAAUUUCCAUCUUCCAAUCAUCGUGAAAAUUUCGGAUUAUUAACGAGAACAAUGCAUAGAGCUUUUAAAAAAGAAGCAAAAAAGGCAAAAACAGAUCGCUUACUAAUUAGUCUGGCUGUAGCAGCUGGAGAAGUUUUAGUUAAACAAGGUUAUGAUGUUCCUGUUCUUUGUCAUUAUGUUGAUCUGAUUAAUGUCAUGACGUAUGAUUUGUAUGGUUCAUGGACUAAUAAAAUUGGUCAUCAUAGUGCAUUAUUCCAUCGACGUGGUGAAAAAGGCCUGGAAAGAGAUUUGAAUACGAAUAGUUCAAUGUAUAAUUGGAUAAAAGCAGGUUGUCCGCGUGAUCGUCUUAUUAUUGGUAUACCUGGUUAUGGUAGAGCUUUCAUUGCUAGUGGAGGUGAUCCGUUAAAAGCAUACGGCGAACCUGGCGGUGUUAGCUCAAUAUCAUCACCCUAUUUAGGUGAAAGUGGUUUACUUGCUUUCUAUGAAAUAUGUAAAAAAGAAUUAAGCGAAGGUUUUAAACGAUAUUGGCAUAAAGAACAUGAAAUUUCGAUCAGUUUUAAAGAUGGAACAUGGAUUGGUUAUGAUGAUCCCGAGAGUGUUAGAAAUAAAUGUGAGUAUGUAAAACGUGAAGGUUUCGGUGGUGCUAUGAUCUGGGCAUUAGACAUGGAUGAUUUUAGUGGAAAAUUUUGUCAAAAAAAUCGAAAAAAACGAUUAAAACGUUUUCCAUUAGUGAAUGCAAUGAAACAAGUAUUUGAAUAUGAUGAAAUAACAACACAAAUAACAACAUUGCCUAUUCAAAGUACAACAUUAUCAAAUGGGAGUAUUCUAUUAGAUGAAGAAAUUCAAACUCUACUAGAUCAGAUGUUUGAAGAAGCGUCGUCAUCAUCAUCAUCAUCAUCAUUAUCUCAAUUUUAUUUUUUCCUACUUAUUAUAUUUAUUAUUUUAACUACCUGA